AGCAAAGAGAUCUGCGAGGCCAAGGACACCAUCAUGUGCCCGCUCUGCGACCAGCAGUGCCCCUUCUGGCGCCUCUCCGACACCUGCACCUACGCCAGGGUCACCCAUGUCAUUGACAACGAGGGGACAGUCGUGUUUGCCAUAUUCAUGGCCAUCUGGGCCACCGUGUUCCUGGAGCUGUGGAAGAGGCAGAGAGCCAGAGUGGUCACCAACUGGGACCUGUACCGCUGGGAUGAGGAGGAGGAGGAGCUGGCCCUGGAGCUGAUCAAUAACCUGCAGCACGAGCCCCGGCAGUACCAGCACUCCUACUUCCGCAGCACCAUCAUACUCCUCCUGGUUCUGCUGAUGAUCGCGGUGCUGGUCGGCAUCGCACACGCACUCGUUAUCUACCGGGUAGUAGCAACUGCCCUGUUCACGCAGAGCAGCUCCAAGUUCCUGCGCGAAAAGGCCAACACGGCGGCUGUGGUGACGGGGGCCGUGCUGCACUACAUCACCAUCGUCAUCAUGAGCAAGGUCAACAGGCGCGUGGCGCUCUUCCUCUGUGAGCUGGAGAAACCACGGACCUUCUCCCAGCACGAGAGCACCUUCACCGUGAAGAUCUUCACCUUCCAGUUCUUCACGAACUUCUCCUCGCUCAUCUACAUCGCCUUCUUCCUGGGGCGAAUCAACGGGCACCCAGGGAACUACGUGCGCGUCGCUGGCAAGUGGAGACUGGAGGAGUGCCACCCCAGCGGCUGCAUCACCGACCUCUUCAUCCAGAUGGCCAUCAUCAUGCUGCUCAAGCAGACCAUCAGCAACGUGAUAGAGUACCUCAACCCCUGGAUACGCCACCAGCUACGCAGGAAGCGGCUGCAGCGCCCCAAGAAGAGGAACCUGAUGUUAGGGGAGGAGGAGGAGGCCGAGGACCCCUGCAAGAGUCAGUGGCUGAGCAACUAUGAGCUCAACGAGGUCAACAUCUUCAGCCUGUUUGACGAGUUCCUGGAGAUGGUGAUCCAGUACAGCUUCACCACCAUCUUCGUCGCCGCCUUUCCCCUCGCCCCGCUGCUGGCCUUCUUCAACAACCUCUUUGAGAUCCACCUGGAUGCCAUCAAGAUGAUGCGGCUGCACCGGCGCAUAGUGCCCAGGAAGGCCAAUGACAUCGGGAACGGGCUGGUGAUCGCCAUCACGUCCGACUUCAUCCCCAUGCUGGUCUACAAGUACACGUACAGCCCCUGCGUGACGGAGAACAGCACUGGCCACGUGGUUCUGUGCGUGAAGCUGAUUGCAGCCUGGUACAUCCCCGACACCCCCCUGUCAGUCAAGAACACGUUCCUGGGCAGAAAACACAGCGAUCUCCGUAAGGAGCUGAGCAUGAUGGAGUACUCCACCGAGGUGUAG